AGCUGACUGGUUGACUGGUUGGUGGAGUCAGAGCACUGAGUUUAAAAGGUUUUAAAGGACCAAAAUUGUCUGCGGUUGUCUGCGGUACUGAAACAUUUGAUAUGCUCUGUGUUGAGAAAAAUAGUACAUUUUUAAUUUAAAUAAAAAUAUAUUUUUAAACGAUUAUUUUACUUAUUUUAGGAACGGCAACUUAUUCAGUCUCACUUUGAAUUUUCACCUUAUUUCAAGAAUAAGGAAAAAAAGCAGUCAAGUUAUUCUGAUACUUUAAAAUAAAACAAAAUCAGGUACAUGACCUUAAUUUUUUUUAACUUUACCUGAUACAGUGAUUUAGCUUAUUUUAGCCUAUCCACAUAUGCUGCCUAGGCUUCUGCUUCCAAAUGUAAGAUAUAAAAUCAGAGAUUUAACUUAAAGUACAGGAAGGGCUUACUGGUUUCAAAUGAUUAUAACCUCUGGAAGCUGUUUUAACCCCCUAGAAUAAUGUAUUUACUGUAUUUAUUUUAAUAUUUUAGUUCUUUUUAAGCUUUGUUGCAAUUUUUUUUAGUGACAAAAAAAAAACCUUAUUGACUUGAUUUUGCGUAAUCGCUCCAUUUGAACCCAUUCAUUUUUUUACUUAUAUAGAAGCGCCCUCUAGUGGUGUGAUAAACCACGCGGAGAUUUUUAACUGGGUGUUCUCCUCGCUAUACGAUCUUUGCUUUAUUAAAUAUCCACAUAUUUCGUGUUUGUUGUAUCAAAAUUGAGCCCUAAUCCCAAGUUCAUUUAAUAAUAGUUGAAUUUGCGCUGUGAGACAGUUGUUGGGUGCAGUGAUGGGUGUUAAUAGCGCUUUCUUACUGAUCUCGGUUUAAACAGCGUGUCUCUGUGAGCGGCUAGCUAUGCCUGGAAGGCUCUACGUCACUCCCCCGCUCCGUGUGUGUGUGAAUGUGAGUUGUCAGCAGCGGUUCUUUAUCCCUGUUGUUGUAUUAUGGCGGGUUCUGCUCUCUCUGCCGAGGAAUUAAAGAGGAAGAUAGACGCGGUUCGCCGGUUUCUGUCCGUGUCUUUAAGCAUCGCGAACGCGCACACGGUGGACUUUUACACGCGCGGAGUUUGGGGGCUGUUCAUGGCUGUGAGUCCAGAGGAGGUUUUGAGGGCUGUGAGUUCCGCUGCUGACCGCGCGGGGGAGUCAGAGGUGAGUGAAGAUGAGAGCUUUGGAUUCUGUAACGUUACCAGAAAGUUGGUGGAUGUAGAGGCUCUACUGAGGGCUACCAGAGCUCACUCUCUGCCAGGCCUGGGGGUGUUUGUGCAGCGUGAGGCAGUGUUGGAGACUCUGAGGGAAAUGUGUGCAGAAAAUGAGACGUGCAGUAAACCCCUGGUACCUGAUGAGUUUAUGAACUCUAAGAAGGCUCAUGAGGUUCCAGCUAUGUCUGAAGUGGUGGCAAGUCUGGCCAAAUGCUGUGGAGUCAAGCAGGUUAUAGACGUGGGUUCAGGUAAAGGUUACCUGUGCUCGUUCCUCUCCAUGCAGUACGACCUGCAGGUGUUCGGCAUCGACUGUUCCAGCAUCAACACGCAUGGUGCUCAGGAGAGGAACAGGAAGCUCAAGAAGUUUUCCAGAGCCUAUCAGAGACACAGCAAAGCCAUGAAGAACCAGGACGCCUCACCUAAAGACACAGAUAUAGAGACCAAAGAAGACGAGAGAACUAGUCAGCCACACACAGAUUCUUCAGACCUGGAUGGUAGAGGAGUGGAGGAGAGUGAAAAUGAGAGGAACACCAGUGUGGAGAGUCUUUUUGCUGCUUCCUCAGAGCUGGUCACUGACAAUUUCUCAGUCUCAAAUGGACCAGACUCAGCAGACGCUGAUUCAGAGAACAGUUUCUUUGCUGCGUUGUCUGCAGACAUUGUGGAGCAGGCCUCUCCCCGUGUUCCCCCCAGCGAGCUGAGUGUGGAGGAGAGGGAGAGGAGGAAGAGGGAUAACCUGGAGAGGAAGGCACGGAAUGGGAGGGGAAACACUGACAGCAGCACCCUGUUUUCCCCACUGACUUCAUAUGUUACAGCAGAGACUGAACUCAGGACACUGAUUACAGAGCUGGAGGAUGCAGUCAUGGUUGGGCUCCAUACGUGUGGAGACCUGGCUCCCAGCACCCUGCGGAUGUUCGUGGCCAAGCCGGAGCUUCAGGCCGUUUGCAGCGUGGGCUGCUGCUACCACCUCCUGUCUGAGCAGUUUGAUCAGGACGGACACGAGUGUGAGGCUGGAGUGUAUGGAUUUCCCAUGAGUCAGUAUCUGAGAGAGCAGGCAUGCUUCUGUGGGCGGAAUGCCAGGAUGUCGGCAUGUCUGGCUCUGGAGAGGGUGUCGGUCGGAGGCGGGCUUCCUAUGGAAUCGCUUUUCUAUAGGGCAGUCCUUCAUGUUAUUCUUCGGGAUCACUAUGACGCCCAUAAAAGUGAGAAGCGUGUUGGAAAUGUUUAUUCAAAAGCCUCCUCAUUCGUGGACUACGUGAGAAGAGCACUCAGGAAAUUAGAUCUGGACGAAUCAAAGCUCUCAGACAGUGAGAUCCAGAGUUACCAUGACCUGUACAGCCCUAGGAUGAAUGAGAUGGUGGCGUUUAACAUGCUGAAAGUGACAUUGGCUCCCUGUAUAGAAGGUCUCAUCCUGCUGGACCGAUUGUGCUACUUGAAGGAGCAGGAGAGCGUCUCUUACUCCGCCCUGGUGCAGCUCUUCAACCCACUUCUGUCACCCAGAUGUUACGCUGUCGUCGGAAUAAAGAAACAUGGAGCAUCAUGAAUUUCAAAGAUUUUUUACCACAGCUUUGCUUUUUUUUAUUAUUUUAGGCUUUUAAAUUAAAUUGCUCAUUUUAUAUACGU